AUGCAGAUCGAUUAUAUCAUGGAAAGAUCGAUUCAUCUGCUGCUGUUCUCAGGACUUUGUCUGUUCACCCAGACCAUCUCAUGUCAUUAUGGGUAUAUUAUGAUCCAGCAGAUGAAGAUCUGGGAUGAAGCACAAGCUUACUGCAGACAGAAUCACAUUGAUCUGGCCAUUGUUGAAAAUGAUGAAGACUGGACACAAACUCAAACAGAAUCAAACAGGUUUGUUUUAAUCAAUAUUGUGACAACCUGGCGUCAAGCUCAGAUUUACUGCAGACAACAAUACACAGACCUGGCAACCAUUCGGACUCAAGCUGAGAAUAACCUGCUGGCACAAAUUAUAUCCAGCCCGACAUCAGCAUAUUCUCUAGCAUGGAUUGGUCUGUUUAGGGACUCAUGGAAGUGGUCAGAUGGAUCAAAUGUCUCCACAUCCUCCAUUAACUGGAAAUCUGGAUACCCUGCCAUUACAGGGAUGAAGCCACCUUGUGGUGCUGCAGAUUCCAACGGUCUGAUAGUAGAUCAACUUUGUGCAACAACCUCUCCUUUCAUCUGCAUGCAAACGGAGUCAAGGAAAGAGAUUAUGAGAGUGGAGGUCCAAUCUGGCAACAAUCUGAAAGACAGUGCAGUGUUGGAGAGCAUCUUACAGUUGGUAAGCAAGGGAGAUCAAGGGUACUAA